GUCUGACGUUCGCGCACGUCCAAGGAAAAAAAAAACGAAGUACAUUUUUCACCAGGCGUACACUCUUGUAUAAUGAUAAACACAUUUUUUUGGACACACGUUCUUUGACUUUGUUGUAUCCACUGCGGGACUAUCUUUGUCAUGGACAACACCACGACCGUGGAUCGGAAUGUUCGCCUCUCGCUGCUAAGGCAACCUUAUUGCUAGCAAAACUUGCUAUAAGCUACGAAGGUAGCCGCCAAGCGCUAAGCUAUGCGUUAGCACGUUAGCCUCACCUUGCUAAAAGCACCGACAAAGCGACAAAGGUGACCAAUAUGAUCCUGAGCAUGCAAGAGUGACUCUACAAUUUAUUUGGACUCCUGUCAGCAACACUUUACAAGGAAUCCCCCAAGCAUUCCACACAGUGAUCUGUCAAGAUUUCCCAUUAUGUUUUGCUGCACCUGAACCAUGUGAGGGUUUCUGCGUUGGAGUCUGGGGAAAAGACUGACCCUGUCCCUGAAAAGUGUGUUUCCCCACCCUGUUGUCCCCUUCAUCCCCUCCUACCCUGCCCACACAUUCCCCAUCUCCUCACCUUAAAAAAGGAGACACGCCAUGAUGUUCAGAGACCAGGUAGGUAUCCUCACGGACUGGUUCAAGGGCUGGAACGAGUGCGAACAGACGGUGGCGCUGUUGUCCCUUCUCAAGAGGGUGUCCCGCACCCAGGCUCGCUUUUUACACAUAUGCCUUGAACACUGGUUGGCGGACUGCACAGAGAUUCAUAUCCUGGAAGCGGAGGCCAACAAUGCAGCCAUAGUCAACCAGUGGCACCAGGAGCCCAAGGAGAAAGUGGUGUCCUUGCUUUUGUCCCAUCUGCCUUUGCUGCAGCCACGCAACAGCGAGGCCAAAUGUGAGUACAUGAAGCUGCUGCAGAAGGUGUUGAGUCACACCAUUGAGAGUAGCUUGUUUGUGGAGGAGAGCAGACAGUUACUGUCCUACGCGCUCAUCCACCCCGCCACUACGCUGGAGGACCGCACGUCCCUGGCUAUGUGGCUCAACCACCUGGAGGAGCAUCUAUCCGGCAGCUACGUGCCGUCCACACGGGCGCCGCCCAGCCCGUACCACCCGCGUCAGGGCUCGGACGAGUGGCACAGCUCGGCCGAGACCCUGGAGCCCGGCCACGCCUGGCACGAAAAGUCCCCCUCAUCUAGCACGUCUCCUGCAGGCCAGAACGGGCACAUGGCUUUUCCAGGCGGAUUGUCCUCUCCUGUAAACAGCAACAGCACAGGUCUAAGCGGGCAGAUGCAGCCCAGCCCCAUGAAGAAGUCCGUCAUCCCCUCCAGUCCCCAAGCCUGUGGCUCAGAGUGGGUCAGUCAGGAUGACACGAGUAGCCGGCAGAACUUCCUGCCGACAGACCAAGCGCCGCUUUCCCCGCAGAGCAGCGUGGCCUCCUCGGGUAGCGAGCAGACAGAAGAGCAGGGCUCAGCACGCAACACCUUCCAAGAGGACGGCAGUGGCAUGAAAGAUGUCCCCGCAUGGUUAAAAAGUCUCCGCCUUCACAAGUAUGCAUCGCUUUUCUCCCAAAUGACCUAUGAGGAGAUGAUGAUUCUCACGGAGCAUCAUCUGGAAUCUCAGAACGUCACCAAGGGAGCGCGGCAUAAAAUUGCCUUGAGCAUUCAAAAACUGCGUGAGCGGCAGAGUGUUCUCAAGUCUUUGGAAAAGGAUAUUUUGGAAGGAGGAAACCUGCGCAAUGCUCUGCAAGAGCUGCAGCAGAUCAUCAUCACGCCCAUCAAGGCUUACAGCACGUUGACGCAGACCCUGCAAGAGCCAGCCAGCGCACCUCCAGAUGCGACAAAGUCGGUGACGGAUAAAGACGCGGCCCGCGAGGGAUUUCAUUCCCACAGCACACCCGCCUGCGAUGGAGACUCCUCGGCGACGCCCAUCUCGGACGGUGACAUUGCCGGACAGUUCACCCGAGUCAUGGGAAAAGUGUGCACACAGCUGCUCGUGUCCAGGCCAGAUGAGGAGAAUAUCAGCUGCUACCUUCAGCUCAUUGAGAAGUGUCUAAUACACGAGGCUUUCACAGAAACCCAUAAGAAACGACUGGUUUCCUGGAAGCAGCAGGUCCUCAAACUGCUCCGCCUGGUCCCUCGUAAAGCCAUGCUGGACAUGCCCGUGUACCGACAGAAAGGCUGGGCCUACGGGUCCAACUCCCUCCCCACAGCGGGCUCUGUGAGCGGAGGCGUGGGCCGGCGGGGCCAGAGGCAGUUCCAGAUAACCCCCCGCGGACUCCAGGCGGGGCGCAUCGGUCUGCUGAGUCCCGGCGGAAUCGGCGGCGUCUCUCCCCGCCACACUCUCACCAAUCCUGCGCUGGCAGGCCAGGGUCGUCAAAGCUUGUGGUUCGCCAACCCCGGGGGCAGUAACAGCAUGCCAAGUCAAAGUCGCAGCUCUGUGCAGCGGACCCACUCACUUCCUGUCCACACCUCGCCGCAAACCAUGCUCAUGUUCCAGCAACAAGAUUGCCAAGUUCCAGGCGCUGACCUGGAGAUCAACCCUACGCUGGAGUCGCUGUGCCUCAGUAUGACGGAACACGCCUUAGGGGACGGAACUGACCGGACAUCGACAAUAUGAAAAGAAGACAAAAGAAGAAAAAAAAAAUCCUCAUCACCCAGCACAAAGAAUUACGUACGCUCAAGCAAACCAGGCAAAGCAGAAGCAGUCACUACAUAAUGACAAAAAAACUGUGUACAUGUUGUCUAAUAUUUUUGUACUUUAUUAUAUACAACUAAGUUUAUUAUUACACGAAAAAAAUGGAAUACAGAUAAUUAUUAUAUUGCAGGACAGGGAGGAAGGUUGAUGCCCGUGUCAUUUGCAGGACUGUGACAUGGCGCAAUUAUGAGCGAGCGAGCGAGAGAGCGCGAAAAGGAUCGGUGCUGUGUUCAAAACGGCCCUUUAUGAGUUCUCUUUCUUUUCCUUAUUCCCCGCAGACCUACGCUGCCUCGCGCGUGGAUCGGCCAGAAGUAAGGCACUUUUAUACAAACGGCACUAGACUGUAAUUGGCUUAAGAAGACACUUUUGAGACCCCGAAAGGCAUCUGAAAAGAUUCCCCACCCUUUGUUCAAACAGCGACUAGUCUCCUGACUGUCCACUCCAGAUUACUGAGAGGACGAGCAUUCAAUUUAAGAGCAGGCCUUGCCAUUUAUUCGAAGCGUUACACCCUAAAGCUCUCCACUAAAGCCAAAGAGAAGGGUUUUUGCAGUCUGUGGCUCACUCGGGAAGGAUUCCUGGCGACAGAAUGGUUUGACUUUAAAAAGCAGUCUGAGAUUGCUCGACUGCACUUUGUUUCCGUUAUAUCCUUUUUUUGUUUUCCCAACUAUCUCCCUACUGGCGUUAAUGAUGAUGAAUUAUCGCGUUUUACUGAGGAGCGAGGGUCGGCCGAGGGUUGCGCUAUUGCACAAGAGCUGAUUUGAAACAUGCUUCCUUUCCAGGGACCCCAAGUACAGGUUGUCCUCGGUUUUAGGACUGCAGUGGCAUAACACUAAAUUUCUAUUCAAAUCCAAACAUGCUGUGGUUUGUCACGAACCUGCAGUAAAGCAGUAAGUUGUUGUCCGUAAACACUUCUCAGGCCUAUAUAUAAAACAAUCCAAUUAAAUGAAUUCGGUAAGUACAGUGCUAACUGAUUAGCGAGACAUUCUUACGCAGCAGUACAUGCUAGUUCGUAACAUCCAAGUGUCAAAAUCCGAGGACCUCCUGGAUUGCUGUAACAUUCACAAGAUAAGAUAACUUUUAUUUGUCCCACACUGGGGAAAUUUGCGAGUACUGUACAAAAGCAAAAUCGAUAGAGUAGAGACAUGCCUGAAUUCGCGAAACUCUUGACAGUCGGCCCUCCAAAUUUGACCCAUGGACCCACUUUGGCACCCCGAAGUGCACCCUCUCUCCUGACACGUGACGAUUUGAUGACUCAUGCGUUUCCAAGGUGCUCCAAGAUGUCCAUAUUUUUCCAUUAGUGUCUGUGUUUCAGUAAGCCCUCAACAUUAUCACGUGGUAUCAGUGUUGAAUUGUUGAAAUAAUAGUAAAAAUAAUAAAAAUAAUAAUAAUGAUGAAUAAAUAAACAAAAGAAGCGGUCUUCUAACCCCGGCGUCUGUCUUGGAAUGUGACGGGGCCGAGGUGCAUGUAUGCUUGAAUAUGGUCUCUCUUUUGGCUCACUUUGUUCGGUUGUUUUGUAAGGCAGGGAUUAUAACUAUUUUGUUUUUUAUUUUGUGGCGGCACCCAUGGUUUAAAAAAAAAAAAAUAGAUGCUGAAACAGUGGAACCCUCAAAGUUGACUUCCAAGUUAUUCUACUUUGAAGUUUUCCUCUCGGAAAUAAUGUCAAGUAAAUGAACGAGUUUCAAAGUCAAACUGUAAACAUGAUGACAUACUAUGAACUAUUGGUGAUCAUUCCAUGAAAUGUUUCCCAUAGGUUAAAACAGUUCCCCGGUGUUUUGACUAGGUACCAACCGAUACGGAUAUUUUGAGGCCAAUUGCAAUGUUUGGCGGAAUAAAAUUCUGAUAACUGAUUAAUCGUCCGAUUAAUUUUUAAAAUAUAUAGUGGCUGAAAUAACUUCUUUUUUGGGGGGGGGCGACCCUUAAUACUUACAACAUUGAAAAUAUGAAUUGCACGGAGAACAUUCUACUGUUUUAAGGAAGUCCUUUUGUAUUUGUUACAGAAAUACUUAAUAGAAAAAAAAAUUUUUUUUGCAGUGUUUGAUUGUUGAAAUCUUUGUCUUAUGUUGAAAUGUGUCGACGUUUAAAAAAUGUUUUUAAAAAUCGGCCGAUUUAAGCGCUAAUUGCAGCCGAUUAAUUGGAUGGGUAAAUACCACAAGAAGCAGGAAUGAUAGGACACUUCACACACACUUGUCUUGCUAAAAUUAGUUCAUUUGGCCAAAUUGUCCCUGUCUUAUAAUGCGAGCCAGCCCUCAUCUCACCCUGACUGCUGGCCCAAUGGCGAGUCCAGAUUUUGUGAUGAUGAGGCAACAAUUGGCUGCAUACAGAACACUGAAUCGAAUAAAAGCUAGUACAAACGGCAAAGCCCCCAGCAUGGGUUCUCUUUUCCCUCGUGAAGGCAGCACUUCAACACCAAGCUACCAUUUUAUACUUUUUAGUUACAAAUACAGCAGACAGACUGCAAAUGAAUGCCGCUUGCGUCAAGCGACCACAGGCUGUAGUUUGCUCCCCCCCAUCCAUUUUCAGAAAUAACCAAAUCACAAAAGGUUUAAGAUUUGUUAAACUCCAAUUAUGUGUGUACACCCCUCAAAAGUCACAGCAUUGUAAUAUGUCCCCCUUUAGAUAAUUGUAUGUAGUUGCUAGCUAUAAUCUCAGCGACACAUUUUUUUACAUUCAAUAAAUUUCUGUUUGAUUCCUGUUUAAUGAAUUGUCUUUCUCCUAUUGUAUACUAACCGGCUCGACAUCUGACCUAAAUUGCAGAGCUAACUCAUUUGACAAAUUUGAAAUUCCUUUUCAAAUUUAUAUGUCAUUAAUUCCCCUUUGGAGGUUCCACUGUAGACACAAACCUUUUUUUUUUUAACUCCCUUGAGAUGGAUAACUUAUGCUUAAUUACUAUAAUCGCAUGUGUGGCAAUGCAGCACUGUUGUAGAUAAGAGGAUGACAUGGUGAGCGGGCAUCUUGCAACUAAAGUUGUGUCUGUGUGUGUGUUUAUAACGCCUGUUUACAUCUUUCUAAGAUGAUGCCCACAUCAUGUGAUGA